AUGGAUAGCCCUCGAGUAGUAUUGAUAUCCAUCAGUGGGUGCUCUUCUAGUGGUAAAACCACAAUUGCUAAGCUCACUUCUCAAGUGUUUCCUAAUAGUAUUCUGAUCCAUGAAGAUGAUUUCUACAAGCAUGACGAGGAAGUGCCAGUAGACCCCAAGCAUGAUAUAAGGAAUUGGGAUUCGCCAGAGGCUCUUGAUUUUGAUCUAUUUCAAAAAGAACUAGAUAGUAUCAAGAAAACAGGCAAAAUAGCCAACAAGCUAAUCCAUAAUGGUAACGUCGAUGAUCUGGGCAAGUUCAAACUCAUCGAAAAGGAUUUUACAACGUUGACUCAAAAAUAUCAAAGCGUAGAUUCUGUUAAAUUAGUGAUAGUUGACGGAUUUAUGAUUUAUAACAAUCCUGAUAUAUCAUCAAAGUUCGAUGUCAAGCUGUUCAUACGUGCGCCAUACGAGGUCUUGAAGAAGAGACGAGCCGCACGUCCUGGGUAUCAAACAUUGGAUUCAUUCUGGGUUGAUCCGCCUUACUAUUUCGAUGAGUUCGUCUAUUAUUCAUACAAAGCUUCACAUGCCCCCUUGUUUGUCAAUGGCAAUGUAGAGGGUGAGCUCGACACAUCAGCACCCUUGGCAAAGGACAUCAAGGUUUUCGAAAACGAUGAUAACACGCCAAUAGUCGAUGCGUUGACAUGGACUUGUGAUGAGAUCGUUAAUUUUUGCAAAGCGAAUUACUGA